UCACACACCUUUCUGUACCUUCCAUGGCUGAGUCUUGGGGAGCCAAGAACAGCUGGUGAGGAGGGACGAAAAUGUCACUGUGUGGCCCAAUGCCCUCAUGGGUUCAUCCUUCGAAGCCUGACACGGCUGGUGUCGAAUCGGCCUCGCCUCCCUUCCUCCUCUUCUUCUGGGGCCCCUGGCUGCUCCAGUUCCCGCUCUCCUCCAAUCCAGUGGAGCCACCCACCCCAGCAGCCUUCUCCCAACCUUCAUAUUACAGUUACAGGCGAAGCAGGCAGCAAGAGCCAUGAGUGUGGGGGGGAAGGUCACAGCCCUGCCCUGUUUCAAACGCCCUGCCCUACCCACUGGGCCCAGGCCUAGCGAACAGCCUGGAUUAAACUCUCCCCGCACCUGGGAUGCUCCUAUCUCACCUGCAAAGGGUUUUCAUCAACCACGGGAGCAAUGCAUACUCUGAACUCCACAUACGAGCACCCUCUAUGCUCCUGGGAACAACAUGCCUCCAAGCCUGGGCGACCCGCGGAGCCAACCCUGAAGUCCCUGGUGGUGGCGCACCUAGUGGUGGUGGAUGGCACCCCCCAAGGCAGCCUGAAUCCAGACUCUUCAAAGGACCUCCCCGACCAAUAAGUGCCAGACCCUUUACAGUCAGCUAUGAGCAUCCCCGGGGCCCGAAUGGGAGCCUUCCAGUUGUAGGAGCCGUGUAAGGCUACAGAAAGCGGCCGCCAGGACCCGCAGACCCAGCCCUCUGAGGGCAGCACGUGGCAGGGACCCAACAACCACACCACCGCCUCGCCGACACCCUGUUACGACCUUGCUGACUGUGGUGCGGGAGUCCCCAAAGGGUGUGGUACUCCCAGCAGGUGCCCAGCCACCAGGGCGUGAUGGCCAGGCCCAUCUCCACCGAGAUGGCCGAGAGCUGGAGUCCCAGCACGGGGGAACAGAGGGCAUCGCUCCCGCCGCGUAAUCCAAGAUGCCCUUUCCCAAGGCUAGCUGCUGGGCCCCCUCCGCCUGGCCCAAGCCCUGGCUCAGCACGCGGUCACAGGAGGCCGAGGAGCGGGCCUUGGCCUAGACGUGGUGCCCUCGGGCCAGUGGGGUGAGACGGAACCCCAGGGCCCUCGUUUCACAGGGGCGGCCAGGGAUGGGCCCGCAGGGGGGUUAAGGGCACUGCCGUCCCCCGAAACUGCGCUCACCUUCCCCCCCUCCCCCUCCUCUGCUUCACUGUCCCGGCCCAGCAGUUGCUGGCGCACCCAUCUGCGAAGGUCUGGGCGAACCUGAGGAGGGAGAAGCAUGGGCCCGGCGCCUAAGGAGGGCUGCCUGGCUCAGACUGACCCCUCCCGUCGGUGCCGUGUCCUCUGGAGACGCCGAGAGCACAGGAGAGAGAACGCUACAGAGCCCCCACCCAACGCCAUUUUGGAGACUCACGCUCCUUCUCUCUCAACUUCGAACGAUGUAAAGUCAGCUGGAAGAAGACAAGAUGGCGCCGAGCAGGAGGAGCGGCGAAAGGCUGGAGGAUAAAUCUUGCUGCCGAAGGGAAGCGUAAACAAAGGCGCGAAUGAUGGAACUGCGCAGGCGUGCAGCGUUGGCACGAUUUAAAAUUCGAGCAGCAGGGUGGGCGCGUCCAAAAACGUGAUCUCCGGGCGAGACCUAUUUUACGCGAACGACGGUGGGAUGGAAUAAGGCAGGGCCAGCCCGGCUUAGUCGCGAGAAGACGGGAGGCGGGGGUGGUGCCCGGAGCGCGCAUGCGCACCGUAAGUCAAUGGCGGUUUGAGGGAUUGGCGGAAGCUAGCUUUGCAAUAUGGCGACCGAGGCAGACGGGCCGCUCAAACGGGUGCUGGUGCCGAUUCUUUUACCUGAGAAAUGCUACGACCAAAUUUUCAUCCAGUGGGACUUGCUUCACGUUCCUUGCCUCAAGAUUCUCCUCAGCAAAGGCCUGGGGCUGGGCAUUGUGGCUGGCUCACUUCUGGUAAAACUACCCCAAGUGUUUAAAAUCCUGGGAGCCAAGAGCGCGGAAGGGUUGAGUCUCCAGUCGGUAAUGCUAGAGCUAAUGGCAUUGACUGGGACCAUGGUCUACAGCAUCACCAACAACUUCCCCUUCAGCUCUUGGGGUGAAGCUCUGUUCCUGAUGCUCCAGACAGUGACCAUCGCCUUCCUGGUCCUGCACUACAGAGGACAGACUGUGAAAGGUGUUGCCUUCCUAGCGUGCUCCGCCCUGGUCCUGCUGGUGCUGCUUUCACCACUGACGCCCCAGGCUGUAGUCACCCUGCUCCAGGCCUCCAACAUGCCUGCUGUGGUGGUGGGAAGGCUGCUCCAGGCAGCCACCAACUACCGCAAUGGGCACACAGGCCAGCUGUCAGCCAUCACAGUCUUUCUGCUCUUUGGGGGCUCCCUGGCCCGAAUCUUCACCUCCAUUCAGGAAACUGGAGACCCCCUCAUGGCUGGAACCUUUGUAGUCUCUUCCCUCUGCAAUGGCCUCAUCGCUGCCCAGCUCCUCUUCUACUGGAAUGCAAAGGCUCCCCACAAGAAAAAGGAGGAGUAGAGUUGAGUUGGCUCCUGGAGUACAUUCCAUGUUUCUAUUCAUCCACCCAACCUUGGGAUCCUUCCCAUCUGAACCAGUCUGCUGGUGUGACUUUUAAUCAUUCCCUGUUCUUCUGCAAUUGCAGCUUUAGUGGAAAUGCUUGGUUGACCCAGAUCCUUAGAAACGAUAGGGGAAGAGAUUUACAGGCUGACAUUUAAUCAUUUAGCUGAGAUUCUUUCUUUAGCAGAAAUUUCCAGCUACUUACCUGGUUCUGGGCAAAACUCUUACCCUGUCUGUCCCCUCCAUUUCCCCACUUCCCUUCUGACCCUAGAGGACAGAGGCUGGACAGUGGAAGGGAAUAGGUGCUUGUGGAUUCCUCCCUCCGGCAUCCUGGCUCAGACUGUCUCCUGGACCCCAGUGCUUGGUGGGGGGCGGGGGAAGGGGGACAGAAGAAUGAGUGACUCAGGCAGGGCCCCAGGGUGGGGUGUGGAGGUUCCUGCUCUGGCAGGUCCAGGCGGAAGGGAGUGGAGACUGCUGGUUCCUGCUGCAGUAAAGGCGAACAGAGAUGGUACAAUAAAGACUCAGAGACGUGGUGUAAUCGUAC